AUGCGGGGCUCUAAACAGGAGGAGAGGCGAUUCCUAAUUGUGUGGAUAAACAUGGACGCAACUGUAUCACUAAUUUUUCUUGGCGCGAUGAUCGCACUAUCUCUUCUGCAAUUCAUUCCAAAAUGGACAUGUUGGUUGCUUGUGGUUGUCAUCGCUAUAUGGGAUGUGAUUGCCGUCCUUACACCAUGUUUGUUGAACAGUAGUUCGGUUAAGGGCCCACUGAGAAUGCUGGUUGAAUUGGCCGAAAAGCGAGACAAGGACAUUAUGCCAGCAAUGAUCUAC